AUGGCCUCUCAGCUUCUCCGCCCAUCCUCUUCGCUUGCUGAUGACUCCGCUGGCCGCAUGGAAGCGGCCAUUUACAACGAUCCUCAGCGCAGAGCCCGCUUCGAGGCGUACAGUCGUCUGCAGUCGUGCGCAGUGGCGUUCGGCGAGCAACUACCGUUGCCGGAGAUCGUGGUGGUGGGCGGGCAAUCGGACGGCAAGAGCUCGCUCCUCGAAGCCUUGCUGGGAUUCCGAUUUAACAUCCGCGAGGUGGAGAUGGGUACCCGGCGCCCUCUCAUCCUACAGAUGAUGCAUCGCCCCGACGCCUUGCAACCGCUUUGCCGCCUGCAGGACGAGCACUCCGACGCGUACGGCCCCGUGCUGCACCCGCUGUCCGCGGUGGCGGCGGCGCUCAAGCAGCGCACGCACGACCACCUCCUCUCGCUGCGCCAGGCUAGCACCGGAGCGCCGGCGGCGGGCUCCGCUGGCGCGAGCGGCGGCGGCGAGGUGACGCGCAGGAGAGGCCCCAUUGUGAGCUCGAAGCCGAUCGUGAUGCGCGUGGAAUACGCCUUCUGCGCGUCGCUCACGCUCAUCGACACUCCCGGGUUCAUCCUCAAGGCGCGGCGAGGCGAGCCGGAGAGCACCCCAGCGGACAUAGAGGCGAUGGUGGUGGAGCUGAUGGUGCCGCCGCACCGCCUGAUAGUGUUCCUGCAGCAGAGCAGCGUGGAGUGGUGCUCCUCGCUCUGGCUCGACGUGGUGCGCCGGGCCGACCCCCAGCUGCGCCGCACUGUCAUUGUGGCCUCCAAGUUCGAUAACCGCCUCAAGGUGAGGCUGGGGAAGGGGCGCGCUGCUAUAAUAUCGGGCUGCUCGUUGACUUUUCCUGUCCGCCACUCCCUCCUUAUGACCCCCGUUGUGUGCGAGCAGGAGUUCUCAGAGAGGUGGGAGGUGGACCGAUACCUCAGCACAGGAGGGUACUUCCACUCCGCCACCUCUCCGCCCCCUGCCACUGCUGCUGCUGCUGCCUCGCCAUUCGUGUCUCCCAGGCCUGCCCCUGCCUCCCAAGGGUUUGUGAGCCCUGGCAGCGCUGGCUGCGCCCCUCUGACGCCCCUGCGAGGCCCCUUCUUCAUCGCGCUGCCCAAAGACACCAAGGACAGGGACAAGGAGAAGGGCGCAGCGGGCGUUGGCAGCACUGGCAGCACAGAGAGGGACGGUGGUGCGAGCGAGGGAGUGCAGGAGAGUGCGCAGUUGCGGCGGCAGAUAGCGGAGGUGGACGCGGCAGUGCUGCACUUCCUGCGCACGGAGGUGGCGGGCGGGUUUGACGAGCGCCGGUACGGCGCCCAGAUAGGGUUCGCCAAGCUCAAGGCGUUCCUGGAGGACGAGAUGCAGCGCAGGUACAGUGCUGCGGCGCCUGCUGUGCUGGCUCAGCUGGAGCGAAGGUGUGCUGACGUGGCAGAGCAGGUGGCGUGUGUGGAGCAGCGGCUGAGUGCAGCGAGUGACGUGGCGUCCAUGAGGAGGCUGGCCAUGCGACACGUGGUGGCCACCACUAGCGCCAUGCUGUCGCUGCUGGACGGGGCAGUGGAGCCCGACCCGUCCCAGUGGGGUCUCUCCACACACGAGGAGCAGGCCGCCAGCACCGUGGGCCACUGGCCUGGCGUGCCCCCCCACGCCUUCCUGCACGCUGCACGCUCCCUCAGGCGCUGCAAGGGGGAGGAUGGCGAGGAGGGGGAGGAGGAGAGAGAGGAGGAAGAGGGUGAGGGGGUUGGCGAUGGGAGUGGGGUGGGAGGGAGUGGGGGCAGCAGGGGCGGGGUGGUGAACGAGGGGCUGCGGCUGUAUGGCGGAGCAGCGCUCAUGCGAGUCGUGCAUGAGUUUAGCAUUGCUGCGUGGGCCGUCCCCUUCCCCAACACGUCCCGAGAGAAGGUCGCCAACGCCCUUCUGGCAAAGCAGGCCGCGUUUGGGUCCAGUGGCGUCAGUGGCGUGUCGUCAGCAGCAGUGGCAGCGACGGCAACGGAGGUGGCGCGUGCGGCAGUGCUGGCGCGCUUUGCCCCGCUGAUGGACGCCCUCUGUGCGCGCAUCGCCUUCCUGCUGCGCCGUCUCCUCGACGUCGCCCUGCAGCGCGUCAAGUCCGAGAGCCAGGCGAAGCAAAGUCACCACACGGGCUUCUUCCAGUCGCCUGCUGCCCACCAGUCCGCGUCACCAUCAGGCACAGUGGUGGCGCCGUGCGUGGCACUGGAGCCGUUCCUUGGGUUCCAUGCGGCCCUGAGGUCUGCUUAUGACGCCUUCCUCGCCUCGCUCUCCUCGCGCUGCCGCCACCUCGCGCAGCACCACGUGCGCUCCGCUGCCUGUCACCUGCUGGCGCCCUCUGCUGCUGCUGGCAUGCCUCAUGGAGCACCCAUAAUGCCCUCUGCUCCGCUGGGCCUGCACCUCCCCCUGGACCUCCAGAGCCACACGCCCCUGCCUACUGCCACACGAGCAGGGAAGGAGGGCGGAGUGGCAAAGGCAGCAGCACCGGGUGCAGAUGAGAAUGCUUGGAGGACUGAGAGGGGUGCCAUGCCUCGGCACGGGCGCAUUCCCCUCUAUCCCGCUCGGCCUGCUGCUGACAACAUGGCCAGUGCGAGGGGCGAGUCCUACUCAACGCCAGUUAAAGGUGGUGCUGCUCCCGUGUGCGCUGCAGGUGCUGGUGGUGAGGGCGGGGGAGCAGACGCACAGGCACUGCGGGACUGUCACAUGACUGUGCCUGAGACGCCCUCACCUGACCUCCACGCCAGGGAGCAAGCAACAGCGGCCAAGUGGAAGGAGUAUGCAGAGAUCAGUGGCCGGCUGAUUCUGGCAGGUAGUGGGCUGGCUGGGUCAGGUGGGGCAUUGACAGGGCAAGGGGCAAGGCAGGCGGGUGGCAGUGGGAGGGAAGCAGGCAGGGAGUCAGGGAGGGACGGGACAGGGAGCGAACAUGCAGGAAGAGACGAGGCAUUGGCUGGAGCCAGAGGGUGUGGCGAGCGGGUAGGGAGGAAUGAGCGAGGGGAAGAGCCAACAAUGAAGAGCGACUGCGACGUGGGCUGUGGCAGGGGCAGCAAGCGUGGCGUGAGUGGCGUGCUGAAUGACCCACACGCUGGAGGGGGGUGUAAGAAGAGACAGGAGGGCGGUGGACGGGGUGGUGGGAAGGAGAUGGCGGAGGGGGGAGGGAGGAGCAGGUCUGGGUACAGUCGAGUGAAGGAGAUGGUGGAGGUGGAGUUCCAGGGCAUGAAGAUGACCCUCGCCUCACAUGCGCCCUUUGCCAUCCUCUCAGCCUUUGAAACGCCUUUUCGUGAGGGCGUGGCAUCAUCGCUGCUGGAGGCGCUGUUUGCGCGGCGUGAUGCUGACGUGAUGGCCAUGUUCACUGCACCUGCUGCAGUCAAGAAGAUGCAAGCAGAGCGAGACGCAGCGCGGCAGAGGAUGGAGUCUCUCACCAAGUGCCUAGAGGACUUCCGGUCGACGAGUGGCUCGCUUUUGCACCAACUAUGUGUGACGGACGUGUCGCCUCUCGCACUGCUCCGCCUGCUGUGGCAUCCGUCGUACAGGAGUGGUGGCGAGAUUGCUUUCGCCAAGUCCUUGGCCCACCGACAAAUCGUGCUCCUCCUCCUCAUCGCGGCGGCUUCGCCCUUUCCCCCUUCGCCCGCCCUCGCGCGCGUUCUCAACCGUCAUCGCCUGCACCCGCUCUCCGCCGCAGACUCCGCCGCUCUUUACGGAGCUGGCUACACGGAGCUCGGGGAUCCGGAUGUCGGCAAGGGAGGCGACGCGGCGGAGCUGGACUGGCGCGUGUAUACGGCGGAAGGGACGGGCGGGGAGCCUCCCCCGCCGUCGCUGUCGCCGGCGAGCGAGAUGUUCGACAUCUGCAGCUUCGCAGGAGCCAUCAACUUCACAGUGACGCCCACGUUCAUCGGCACCACGUGGAAGGGGUGGGGCACGUCCCUCGCGUGGCAGGGCAACUACAUAGGCGGGUUGGCGCGCGCGAACAUGGACGUGCUACUGGACGCCGUAUUCCACAAGUCCAAGGGCCUGGGGCUCAACAUAGUGCGCUACAACAUCGGCGGGGGGAACAGCCCUCAGCGCAGCCCGCAGUUCGCGCGCGACCAGCAGACGCGCCUCAAGGCCAUGCCGGGGUACUGGCCCGCCGAGACCGCCGCUUUUGACUGGACGGCGGACCAGCGGCAGAGGAACGUGCUGUUUGGUGCGCGCGCCCGCGGGGCGGACGUGUUUGAGGCGUUCUCCAACAGCCCGCCCUGGUGGAUGACGGUGUCGGGGGACGUGGCAGGGGCCAAGGGACGGAAUCAGACGAACCUGCAGCGGAAAUACGAGGGGAAGUUCGCCAAUUACCUGGUUUCAGUGGUGGAGAAAUUCGCCAAGUACCCCGCAUGGAAUCUCACGUUUGACACGCUAGAGCCGUUCAACGAGCCGCUGGAAGGGUUCUGGACCGCGGGCAAUGGGCAGGAAGGGUGCAACGUGGACCCGGCAGCCAUGGGCAGAGUGCUGGCGCAGACCGUGAAGCUGCUCAAGGCGAGGCGGCUGCGCACGCGCGUGGCGGCGUUUGACAGCUGGGUGGAGAGCACAGGCAAGGCACUGGCGUCGGUGCGUGGCAUGCAGGGGGCGGCGCGCAUCAACGUGCACUCGUACAUGGACCCUGCACCGCCCGCCAAGGACCCCGUGCGGCACACGGGGCAGGCGUACCUGGCAGUGCGCAACAUGGCAAAGCGGCUGGGCAAGGAGGUGUGGGUGACGGAGGCGGGGCACAUGGGGCGGGGUGGACACCCGUACGACCUGUCGCUGUACGUGGUGCGGACAGUAAUGGAAGCCGUCAACUUGCUGCACGCCUCCGCAUUCGUCUACUGGAUGGCUUAUGACCCGGAUAUAGGCUGGGCGAUCGUGCGUUUCCCUUGGACGUUCCCCACUGGGUACUCAGGCCCCAUCCCUAAGCCUGUGCUAUCCAAGCGCUACUACAUGUUCAAGAUGCUCACGAGCCUUGUACGGCCUGGCAGCCAGCCCCUGAUGAUGCCGUCCAAGUGCUGGCACGGCAUAGCGGGGUUCUACCACGCCGGUGACCUCACUGUGAGUGUCUUUGUGGUGAACCAGAAGCCCACUGCUGCUCAGUUGUCCGUGAACCUCGCUGGGUUCCGAAUAAACGUGAAGGGCAGGACGAGGGCUGUGGUGCGGCGAACCUCAUGGACCCAGGACAUGGCUGAAGUGGUUCUUUCUCAAGGGAAGGUAGUGGCCAGUGUGACAAUACAGGGCCGAAGCUUUGUUUCAAUUCACUUCACUAGUGUGCAGAGAGGUUUCCCAUGA